ACGAAGUUAAGAAGAAUAACGGUUAUACGAAUAAAUAAAAUAAACGAAAAAAAUUAAGAAACGGCGCAAAAUGCAUAAAAUGUGCAGAAAAAAAAUUACUUAAACCUGUGCAUAAUAUAUUUUAUUUUUAAUACCAAAAAAAUACAAUAACAACAACAAUAUACGAAUGGCUAUGUUAUGGAUGGAAACAUAUCUCUUCUAUUGUUCGGUGCGCCUGGGUGUGCUUGUGGUGGUAGUACUCGGCUUUAUGCAAGUAUUUAUACCAACAGUUUUGCUGCUUUCUAUGGGCAUGGAGAUAGUGAAUCCAAUCAUGAAGCUUUUCAGAGACGAUGAGCAAUUUGGCAAAAAUAUUUACAUAUUGAAAAUUUUAAACUGGAUAGAUAACCAUGUUCAAGGUUUCAUUGCUUUCUUUGUGACCCUGAUGGUCUUAUACUUGACUGGUUGCGGCUUGGCGAUAUUCGGAGCGUUGAAGCUUAAAAAAUGGUUUCUGCUUCCUUUUAUUAUUGCUGACUUUUUACGUGUGAUCACCGGCUUUGCCUCACAUAUUAUAUUCAUGAUAAUUUUGAAAAAGAAACUCAAUUUGGGAUUUCUGAUAGUUGUCACUUUAGCUGGUGGCUUUAUAAUCUUAUACCUCGGCUACAAUUGGGCCACGAGUGUUGCGCUCUUUCAAAUCAUCGAACUCAUACACACUGAACGCUAUCGCAAGCUCUACGGGGAUGAUCCCUUCCAUCCACAAUUACCACCAAACUAUACUUACGCCUCACUACUACCGGCACCGCAGGGUUACGGUACAGUGGAGAAUGUACGUGUGCUGGUCACACCACGUAGCGGCGAUGUUGACGAGCAGAAACUGCGUCAAAGUCAACGUGAACCGGUGAACGCCGCCGAAAUGCCAGUGAUUGCUGUUUUGCCAGCGAAUUAUAAUAAUAGUAAUGCACGAGUUGUACAAAAUAAGCAGCUAAGGAAGCUACAACAACAACCAUAUAGUUCCUACGAAGAGCAACAGAAUGAUUACAAUGCCGACUUCGGCAAUUGGCAAUGGUCCGAGUUGAUGGUUGGCAGGCAACGCAAGGCGAUGAUUAGGCGCAACUGGUGAAAUGAGAAAUAGGGACUAUGAGUGAGAUAGAGAGAGAGAGGUAAGGAAAGUUCAAGAGAGAAACCCACAAGAGAGAAUAAAAAAGAAAAAGAGAAACUGGAGUACAAACAUCACUGGCAAAUACAGUGUUUAUUCCUUUGACUCUUGAAUAACUGUAGAGCGGUUAAAGCUUAAAGAAAAUAUAAUAAUAAUUAA